GGUUUCCCGCGCGUUCCUGGCACCUGCCUGCGGUGGGAGGUGCAGGCCGAGCCAUGUCGGAGAUCCUGUGCCAGUGGCUCAACCAGGAGUUGAAGGUGUCCCAGACCGUGAGUCCCAAGUCAUUUGCAAAGGCAUUUUCCAAUGGCUAUCUAAUUGGAGAAGUGUUGCACAAGUUUGCACUUCAGGAUGAUUUUGCAGAAUUUUCAGAAAGCAGGAUUUCACGUGCCAAACUUAAUAAUUUUUCUCGCUUGGAGCCCACACUUCACCUUCUGGGUGUGCAGUUUGAUCAGAACGUGGCCCACAAUCUCAUCACAGAAAAGCCUGGGGCAGCCACAAAACUCUUAUAUCAAUUGUACAUUGCUCUCCAGAGAAAAAAGAAAGGUGUGCUGACUGGAGUGGAAAUGCAAACCAUGCAACCCCUGACAAAUACAAAAGUUCAAAACAUGAAAAGCGAGACUUUUCGAGAUCAACACUUGAGCAGAAGACAACAAAAUGAAAUAAUGGCUAAAAUCCAAGCAGCUGUCAUACAGAUUCCUAAACCCGCAUCAAACCGUAUUCUGAAAGCACUUGACACUCAAAAAACGUUGAAAAAGAAAAAAGAGGCAGAGGAUGUGGCCAAUGAGAUUAAGAAGUUUGAAGCAUUAAUAAAAAAGGAUCUCCAAGCAAAAGAAAGUGCAUCCAAGACUUCUUUAGAUACAACAGGCCAGACAACCGCUGAUUUGUUAAACACUUACUCGGAUGAUGACUACAUUAAAAAAAUCCAGAAGCGCCUCGAAGAAGAUGCUUUUGCACGAGAGCAAAGGGAGAAAAGACGGCGGAGACUCUUGAUGGACCAGUUAAUAGCCCACGAAGCACAAGAGGAGGCUUAUCGGGAGGAGCAGCUGAUCAACCGGCUGAUGCGACAGUCCCAGCAGGAGCGCAGGAUCGCCGUGCAGCUCAUGCACGUUCGGCACGAAAAGGAAGUUUUACGGCAAAACAGAAUUUUCAGAGAAAAACAAUACGAGGAAAGACGGCUUAAAGAUUUCCAGGAUGCUCUCGAUCGAGAAGCGGCUUUGGCCAGACAAGCCAAGAUUGAUUUUGAAGAACAAGCCCUCAGAGUUAAAGAAAUUCAUGAGCAGAUUGCCGUGGAAAGGGUUCAAGCUCGUUACCGAAAGCAUUAUUCAAUAUGUGCAGAAAUUUUGGAUCAAAUCCUUGAUUUGUCCACUAAAGUGGCAGACUAUCGAAUGUUGACAAAUAACCUGAUUCCAUAUAAGUUGAUGCAUGAUUGGAAGGAACUGUUUUUUAAUGGAAAGCCCAUAUAUGAGCAAGCGUCUCUUAAGCAUCUGCCAGCUAAGCUCUCUGCAGAACAGCUCAUAGAACUGGAGAAAAGGGACUUGCUAGAUAACAAUGAUUAUGAAGAAUAUAAGAACAUGGUUGGAGAAUGGGCCUUACCAGAAGAAAUGGUCGAUAAUUUACCACCCUCCAACAAUUGCAUAUUGGGCCAUGUGAUUCACAGACUAAUCGAAAGUUCUCUUCCUUCUCAAGUUGAAUCGACAGUACCAGAGUUACCUUCAUUUGUUAUAAAAGGAUGCGUGUUGGGGAAAACAUUUAGUGGAAAAACUACUGCUCUAAAGUCUCUAGAGAAAAGCUUUCCUAUUCAGGUACUUUCUAUUGACACUCUCGUCCAAGAAGCGAUCCAAGCAUUUCACAACAAUGAGAAGAUCAGCGGAGUCCUUCAGAAAGCAGCCGAAGAAAAGGCUCUACCAGUUAGGCAAGAGAGUAGUAAAGAAAACCAGGAUCUGCAAAAUGUAUUUUCAGCUGAAGCAUUACCAGAAACAGAAGAUAAAAGCAGACUUAGUACCAAUACUAGAAAAACACCAAAAGCUGAAGAAGUCGUAGCAAGUGAUAGUUUCUCUGAACUCACUGUGCGUGCUCAGCUUGGUGCAAAAUCAGAAAAGUUGCUGAAGAAAGGAAAGAGCAUAUCUGAUACAUUGCUAGUCAGCAUCAUGGUAAAUGCUAUUAAUCAGAUACCUAUAAAUAAAGGCUGGGUCCUGGAUGGCUUUCCAGUGACAUUAAACCAAGCGAAGCUUCUGGAGGAAGCACUCACCGGCUGCAACAGAAACCUCAUAGAACUGGAGGGAAAGAAAUCACAAAUAUCCACACUGGCUGUUGACCCUACAACUUCCAGAGAAGUGCCUCUUCCCCCUUCUGCAUUUGAUUUUGUCAUGUUAUUAGAUAUUUCAGAUAAUUCCUCACUGAAUCGCAUGAAUGACGUCAUGGCUGAAGCAUUUUCAAGUGAAACUCCUCAUGAAGACAUCAAUCAACGUGUAGCUGCUAAAAACCAAGAUGUGGAUGAAGACCAGAAUUUAAGAGACCAAAUACAGCAUAGAAUUGUAGGCUUCUUGGACAACUGGCCUUUAUUGGAGCAAUGGUUUACAGAGCCAGAAAACAUUUUGAUAAAAAUUAAUGCUGACAUAGAUAAACAGUCUUUGUGCCAAAAAGUAAAGGAAAUGUUUAUGACUGAAAUAAUGAAAAAAGAGAAUAAAGUGAAAAAGAAAUUAGAAGAAAAGGAAGCUGAGGAAAAAGAAGAAGUUUCCCCAACUGAGGCUACAUCCCUUCUCCCCCCUCCUCCUGAACCAGAAAAAGAGAAGGAAGUCCACCGUCGGCGAGAGCGUUCCAAAACUCCUGCUGCAAAAGGAAAACCAGCAUCAGAACCCCCGCAUGGUAAUCGAGAAUCUCUUCAGGAAGGUAAAGGGAAGAAAAGUGAAACUUCACUCAAAAGAAAAGGUUCUCCCAGAGGAAAAUCUCCAGGAGGGAAAGUUCCAGUAAAGAAAUCACCUGCUGACUCUACAGAUGUGUCACCUGCUCCAGUAGUGCCACCCCCAUUUAAGCCAGGAUCAGAAGAAUGGGUUUAUGUGAAUGAACCAAUUUCUGAGGAAAUACGAUCAUUUUUAGUACCUUACUGGAAACUGAUAGAAAAUUCCUAUAUAAAUUCCAUCAAAACAGUACUCAGGCACCUGAGAGAAGGCCAGCAUAUGGUGAUUGCUUACUUAUAUGAUAUUAGAACAGAUUUCCAGCAGUUUCUAAGGCGUCCGGACCACAAGCAAGAUUUUGUAUCUCAGUGGCAGGCUGAUUUCAACUCUCUUCCUGAUGACCUGUGGGAUGAUGAGGAAACGAAGGCUGAACUACACCAAAGAGUGAAUGAUUUACGGGACCGCCUGUGGGACAUCUGUGAUGCCCGCAGGGGAGAGGCAGAGCAGGAGUGUCUGGACAUCAUUACCGAGAGCUGGUUGCAGGACACGAUCGGAAUCGCAAUGAACCAUUUCUUCUCACUGAUGCAG